AUGCUGCAGCUCUACCGCCAGAUCCUCAAGGCGGCGCGGGACUUUCCCUCGGGCCUGACCGAUGGCGGCAAGAUUGCGCACUGCCGGGAGCUGGCGGAGCGAGGGCUGUCCGACCUGCAGGCUUACGCGGUUGCGGCUGCCAGCUCGGGCGAGUCCAACAUCAACCUCAAGGGCGCAACCCACUGA